AUGACAGCUGAUUACAGUACGUAUUACAGCGAGAUGACAGCUGAUGACGGUACGUAUUACAUAGAGAUAACAGCUGAUGACGGCACGUAUUACAGCGAGAUAACAACUGAUGACGGUACGUAUUACAUCGAGAUAACAGCUGGUUACGGUACGUAUUACAGCGAAAUAACAGCUGAUGACGGUACCUAUUACAGCGAGAUAACAGCUGAUGACGGCACGUAUUACAGCGAGAUAACAGCUGAUGACGGUACGUAUUACAGCGAUAUAACAGCUGAUGACAGUACAUAUUACAGCGAGAUGACAGCUGAUUACAGUACGUGUUACAGCGAGAAGUAA